GUACCGUAUACCUUUCUCGCACUCCAGUGACUUCAGGGCACUCCGAACCAAGUCUCCCAUCGCUCUGAUCAAUCUCGAUUGUACUAUCCUGUAAUAAUAUUGAGAUUCGACGCAGGCAACCAAGUCUAUACGCUACGUCAUCGCAGGAGUGCAUACUUCGCAGCGUAUACGGCGCGGGUAGCAGGAAUCCAGUAUUCGAGACUCGACCGCAGUCUCGAUUCCGGCUUGUCGCUGAGACAUCAUGCGCGAUGGCUCGUCACCCAGAGCGAAGUCAUAUGACAAACUUCGACUCACUCUCAUCUCCUGCUCUAUUGCUGCGAACGCGAUAUGUGCCGGAGGGAUCUACACGUUCCCGCUCAUCUCGCCCGCCCUUGUAGCGCGGAUGCACUUGACCCAGCCACAGCUGAGCACUAUCAUACUAGCUGCCAUGGUAGGCCAGUAUGCCACCGCAGUUCCUGUCGGCAAGGUCCUUGACCGUUACGGGCCGCGAGUAUGCUCGCUGAUAGCAUCCAUCAUCUUUGCAUUCGGAUACGGCAUGUUCGCCCGGCAACUUGCUCUGACACCAGAAGGAACAUCCGUAGCAUCGUCCCCGGCGGUCCCCAAGCUGGCUGUCUACUUCGGUUCACUUGGGAUAGCGCUGAUAUUCUCAUACUUGUCGAUGCUCUUCGCAGCGACGAGAACAUUUCCCCAAUUCAUGGGCUUCGCAUCUGGGACAAGUCUCGCAAUAUUCGGCUUGUCACCGCUGUUCCUCUCUUGGGUAGCCACAGAAUUCUUCACGCCUCCUGACGGCGUUCUAGACGUGACACGCUUCUUCACCUUUUUGGCCAUCUUGACCGGCGUCGUGAACUUCUUGGGAGCCCUGAUACUGCCCGGACCAGCUGCCGCAGAAUUCCCGAUUGCACGCACGUCCGAGGACACCGCGAGGGAGCGCGACCCCGACGACGACGCAGAAGCCUAUGAAGAGACUUCUCUGCUGACAUCGUCCCUACAGUCUUUGACUGGUCUGGAUGCCUUGUGUGCCGAGCAGCCUGAGCACCUCUCAGCGAUAGAGCUACUGAAGAAUCCGAACUUCUGGUUGUUCUCCUCGUCAAUCUCACUUGUCGUCGGCGCCGCAGAGAUGAUCAAGUCCUAUAUCGGCAUGAUCGUGCUAUCCCUUCCCAGUGCAUCACAUACCGGGAACAUCUCGUUCCAGGUCCAGCUCAUCGCAGCAUCGGACACCUUGACGCGCCUCCUGCUCGGACCCUUCGCGGACAUCAUAUCGCCUGUUCCCACCUACUCCGCCAACGGCGUCUGGGCCUUCCCUCGUAAGCCGUAUGUGACGCGGAUGAUCUUCAUGGCAGGUGCUGCACUGCUGUUCGCGAUCGUCUUGCUGUGGCCGAUAGUCGGUGUUCGGUCGCAAGAAGCCCUCUGGCCUCUCAGCCUCGCGACUGGAAUUGUGAACGGCGCAAUAUUCACUACUCUCCCGAGCAUUCUAUCAUCUAUAUGGGGAGCCCCUAACCAAGGCCGCAACUUCGGUUUCGUCUCUUACACAUGCUUCUUUGGCACGACCGCCUUUUCCUACCUGUAUGCAUUUGUCGCCGACAGUCACACAGCACCAGGGGAAGGCGCCUGCCACGGCAUCCAGUGCUGGCAGACCACCUUCUGGUUGGGUUCCGCAGCUUCGUUGCUAGCUACCUGCUUCGCCAUUGUGCUCUGGCGAAAGUGGAGAUCAAGGGUGUGAGGGGGUGUUGUUAUACUAGACGCUAUCGACCGCUUUGCGCAUAUGUACCAUUAGCAGACUGCUCCACACAUAGACGUCAUGAUCAUUCGUUUUUCUGUCGAUCCGCAGGAGGAGCUGGAGAGAUCCCUUCGGGGUAGCCGAACCAGACACCAGCUACUAGAGCCGCGUUGGCGGUACAUAGAAGAGCGGAUGACAGCGAUGUUGACGGGAAUACGUUCCACGCAUACUCGAUAGCGAAGAGUAGCAAUAACCUGAUCAAACGUGAGCGUCGUGUAUGAGACGUGUAUGGGAGGU